UCACCCACAUGGCGGGAACUCCGAUUCUUCAUGUGAGCUGCUAAACGUCCACGUUGAUGAGGUUCGGUAUACUGGUGAAGACAUGCCCGAGCAGGUAACACAUGGAGGCCAAUCGUUAGCGCGGUGACGUCAUUCUGAUAUUCAACGGUCCGCGAUAAUGUAUCGCUUCACGCGUCCACAACGCAGACCUCCUUUCUAUUCCUGCAAACAGCUGCCAUUUCCCUAAACUUCAAAAUGGGACGUCGAGAUCGCCUCAUCAGCGCGUCUAUCUUGCGCGCCAUCUUCAGAUCUGACGCGCCUCGGAAAGAUGAGAGCGCGCAUCUAGGCCUGUUUGCGCGUAUAUAUGCCUUCUUCGCCCUCUUCAGUCUUACUCUAGCUCGAUAUCGCGCGUCUCUAUUCAAGAAGUUAAGGAACGAUACUUGGGAGAUUGAAGAGGAAGGAUACAUUGAGAGCUUCCGCUCUCCUAGCAAGGGCAAACGGACCGACCUGGUCCCCAUAGGAGACCUGGGAUACUCUGGAUCAACUUUCUUUACAACGCCUAAUUCCAAGUAUCUAAUCAAGUCACUCCCACGACAGUUCGAGCAAUCCUUCUUUCGCGAUCGUCUUCUCGAACCCUAUGUCGAACACAUGGAGCUGAACGAGGACUCCCUCCUCGUCCGUAUAACAGACCUCCUCUACUGCCCUACUGCCACCAUCGGUGCUGCACUAGGCGCUGCACCAAGUCAUCACAUCAUAAUGGAGAAUAUCCUCUACGGGAAGUCAAGUUGUAGCAAGGACCAGCAAAAACGUUGGGAGACGUAUGAUCUGAAGCCGAACGAUUACUUCUAUCCUGAACGCGACGUGGCUAACGGACGACUGGCACCGGAGAGUGUCAAGGAUCGACUUAUUGAUGAGUUUGAAGACAAAGUCCGAGUAACUAUCGACCAGAAGGAGGAGCUCAUUGCCCAACUCUCUCGGGACUCAAAGAUCUUACAAAGCAACAACGCAGUGGAUUAUUCGUUGUUUCUCGUCCGCUAUCCCGCCGACCUGAAUUCGGGUGACGUGCCGCCGCCCCCCGGUCGAGGAUCUACAUGGCGCACAGGUGUCGUAUCGCGUGACGGCAAGUGGGUUUACCGAGCCAUCGUUCUCGACUUCUUUUGGUCGAAAGACGCUCUUCAGGCGCAUACGAUGACAGGUCUGGUUAAGCUAUUCAACACACUGAAGUUUGGAAAAGAUCACGGCCCCAUGAGUAUUACUACCACGAGCGAUGAAUACAGACAAAGAUUCCUCGGAAUGGUUGAGGACAUGGUUGAGGUUCCAGACAGUGCUGGUAGACCCGCUGGAGAAGUACGUAGCCCUGCACCAGUAGCUGCUGAUCAAGUGGUGUAAAGCGGCCCAUGACCGCUGAUGAUCUUCAUUCCAUCCUCUUCGCUGGUAGUACAGCGUAUGAUUAGUUUGAUACACAAGAUACCCGGUCCAUGUCUGCGCAUUUGGGCUUCCAGUUUCUAAUCACAUUCCUCAAUGAAAGCCAUACGAAUGCACACAAGAAAGCCAUGUUUCGUGACCCAUGACAUGAUGGCGGUGAGCACAGAAGCUCGAACAUGGCGUCAUCGCACAUAGCCCCAGGCGUCUGAGUGGUUGAGGCUGCGACGCUGACGAGCCUUGCCAACGCACAACCAUCUCACGAUAGGCCGCGCCCGCCACGCCCGGGUAAUUCCUCGCAGGAGCCUUGCGUUUUAUGGCAUUGCGACCCGGUUUUAAGCAAGGGGUACAUGGAAUGCGUAUUCCGAGGAGGCU